AUGGCGACCUCUGUGCAAACACCCACGAACCCCGACCAGCAGGUCGACCUCUCCACCAUCCCCAUUUCCCCCGAGGGUGGUGAGAAGAGCGAGACCAAGGAGACCGACGCCGAGAAGCCCGUUACCGUCUUCCACGACAAGGAGAACUUCAACGUCAAGCACCCUCUGCAGAACAAAUGGACUCUCUGGUUCACCAAGCCCCCAGCGGCAAGGUCAGUUGGCCCUGCUGGAGACGGCCUAGAACCGUGUACUAACUCGACGCAGGGUGACAACUGGAACGACCUUCUGAAGGAGGUCAUUACCUUCAACUCUGUUGAGGAGUUCUGGGGCGUAUAUAACAAUAUCGCUCCCGUCUCCGAGCUGGCUCUCAAGUCCGACUACCAUCUUUUCAAGGCCGGCGUCCGCCCCGAAUGGGAGGAUGCUCAGAACAAGCACGGUGGCAAGUGGUCCUACCAGUUCAAGGAGAAGCGCAGCAUCCCCAUCGAUGACCUCUGGCUCCACGUCAUGUUGGCCGCUAUCGGCGAGACCCUCGAGGGCGAGGACGACGGAGAGGUCAUGGGCGUUGUUGUCAACGUGCGCAAGGCUUUCUUCCGUAUUGGUGUCUGGACCCGUACCAUCGGAAAGAGCAUUCCUGGCCGCGGUGAUGGUGACGUGGCCGGUGGCAAGGGCCGCUCUCAGGAUAAGGGUCGUGAGAUUCUCUUGAACAUCGGCAAGCGCUUCAAGGACAUCUUGAACCUCCCGCCCAACGAGGUCGUCGAGUUCUCCGGCCACACCGACAGCGCGCACAGCGGAAGCAGCCGCGCGAAGGCCAAGCACACCGUCUAA